AUGGCAAAGUGUUUCUCUGAAUUAAUGAAAGAAACCAAAGAAAAAGAGAAAGCUUUAUUCUUUGACAUGCAGCAGAUACAACCACUUCCUCGAACGCCUAUUCAACGAGCUUUCUAUGCCAGACAAUUAAGUAUUUACAAAGUGUGUGUAACAGAUAUUAAAAAUGACAACACCCCAUACUUUUAUAUAUGGACCGAAGAACAAGCAGGGCGCGGUUCAACCGAAGUAGCUUCUGCUCUUUCUAGUUAUCGUGAAUCAGAUGACCUUACAGAUGUGACCCACCUGAGAUUGUAUUGUGAUGGAUGUGCAGGUAGUCCAGAUAUUGACAUAAAAGAUCUACAUGAUAUAUCAAACGACAGGGAUGAAGCCUUUUCAGAUGAAACUGAUAAUAAAGCAGCCAGUCAAAAUUCCUUUUAUCCCUCAUUUUCUCCAUACCAAAACCAACCAUUAGGACAUUCCAGGCCAUUCUACUAUAACCAACAGGAAGGAGCAUAUAGUCAGAGGACACCUUAUCAAAAUACUUUUGAUAAUUCAGCAAGGUUCAGUGGUUAUAAGGAUGAGUACAACUAUAAUGCACCAAAGAACGACUACGCUGCUGUCUUAGGAUCAGGAAACUUUGGAGUUAUUCCAGGAGGAACAUUUUAUAACGACAACGAUGAAAAUUCCAACUAUAAUAACUAUGAUUCCUUCUUCCAAAACGGCCAUGGUAGACCAGCUUAUUAUUAUGCAGCUCAGUCGAAUCCUAAACCAUAUCAACACGAGCAAUUUGCUAAUUUUAGAGAUUUUGCAGAUAUUAAUACACCAAAUGACAGAUCGUACUCACAGUAUGUUGUCGUAUAUGCUCCCAAAAAGAAUGAUACUAAUAAAAAAGAUGAUACCAAAGAAGAAAAAGUAGCUACAAGACCUGUACCAAGAAAUAUUAUCGAAAGUUUGACGCUUAUCGAUUUAGAGCAUCCUACUACUGAAACGGUUCUUGAAAGAAAACUUUCCAAAUCAAAAAGGAAACUUGCUUUACUUCAACCAGAAAAAAAGCAUAUGCAGAAGAGUCUGAAAAAACUAAAGGCUAAAGAACUAGAGGAACCUCUAAUGGCCUUAAGUUAG